AAACUAAUGACAUCAUAAUUGCACAUGACGUGCUGAUGAGCUGGCAGAUAACCAUGACGACACAAUCGUUGACAUUCGACGACAUUUGCCUCCUGCAUUUGGUUGAACUCACCGAGAAUAGAAGACAGAGAAAUCAGAGCAGCCCCGGCCAGGUGCAAUGAGCAACAAAAUGGAAGAGGAAGAGGAAGAGGAAGUCAUGGAGCAAGACGACGAAGACGACGAAGAAUACGAAGACGACGAAGAAGACGAAGACGGCGAAGUCGACUUGUAUGAUAACAGCGUUUCUCAGCCAACCGCUUCGGAAAACUUCGCUUGGGAAGAGAGUUGUCCUGUUCUCAGCCUCAAAUGUAGUUUCGGCUACGCCAGUGAGCAGCUGGGCAACCUGCAUGUCCUGGAGCGGAAUGUUCUGCUCCUGAGUGCGGGGAACUACGUGCGGCUUUUCAACAUAAAGACGAAGGUCAGUCGGUACUUGCGCAGCACAGGUGGCGGUGGCAUCAGCGCCCUUGCUGUGCAUCCAUCCAAAGAGUACUUCGCGGUGGGUGAGAGCGGAUACAUCCCCGACGUGAACAUCUUCAAAUACCCAUCCUUACGGAUGGUCAAGGUGCUCCACGCGGGCACUGGGGAAGUCUACGCCGCCAUGGAGUUCUUCCCCGUCGAUUGUCACCUGCUGGCGACGCAAGGGGGCAGCCCCGACUACCAGCUCACCAUCUGGGAGUGGAAGAAGGAAAUACCACUGCUGCGGAGCAGGUCCAUCCAACAGGACGUGCAUCGUCUGUUGACCUGCGAAACACCGCGGGACUUUCUAAUUACCUGCGGCGUCAGCCAUGUUAGGGUUUGGAAGAUGGCUCACACUUUCACGGGGUUGAAACUCCAGGGGGAGACAGGAAAGUUCGGAGUGAUUGACGUCUGUGACAUCGACAGCUGUGCUAUGCUGCCUCACGGGGAGGUCGUCAGCAGUUCCGAAUGGGGAAACUUGCUGCUCUGGGAGGACGGACUGGUUAGCGCGGAAUUUGUCAGGAAAAAUAACAACUGCCACAUCGGGAGGAUCAAUCAGGUGCUUCUCUACGACCUCAUUCUGAUUAGCUUGGGGAAGGACGGCUAUGUGCGUAUGUGGAAUAUCUACGACAUGAUAUACGCGAAGCCAGAAACGUGUGGUGGCCAAGUCAUUAUCACGCCAUCCAUGCAAAUCAGAAUCAGGGUGCAAGCAGACUUGCUGCACAUGGUCAAAGCAACCACCCACAACGACUACAUCUGGUUCCUGCAAGAACGCGAUGGCAAUAUUCGCCGCCUCAACCUGCGUUCCACCGCUGAAGAAUCGUCAUCCGAGGUCGUGCUGAGCACCCACGGGGGCCCUGUUUGGGGCUGCACCGCUUCCCCUUGCGCUCACUUGGUUGCCACCGCUGGCAAAGAUGGGCAGGUGCAGAUCUUCGAUUGCCUUCAAGAAAAACAGCUGGCUUCCAUCUCUUUCGAGUUGUCCGUCACUUGCUUGGUGUGGCUGCCCCUAUCGGCAGACUCUAGUGCAGCGUCUAUCGUCUGUGGGUUCAGUCAGGGUCACCUGAAGAUGAUCUCGUUUGGCUUGUCCGAUGAGAGUAGUCAAUGCGAAGCAUACUUAAGUCAAGCCUUACGACCACACAGUAACCUAGUGACCAGCCUGGCUUUCUCAUUCGAUGGUCUUAUGCUCUCAUCCGGUAGCCUAGAUGAGACCGUCUUCUUCUUUAACGUAGAUGACAUCCGUUUGACGCCUCUAGGCUGGGUUUCAGUUUUGGGUGAAGUGAGGUACCUGACAUGGACACCACAAAACUUUUCCUAUACAGGUCUUCUCGUGGCUUGUGGAAAUGGCGAGGUGGUGGAGUUGAUCUUCCCUCUGAGAAAAACUGACUUAGAAAUCACCCGAACGUUUGAGAUCACAAACCUUCGUGCCAGGCGCUUAUCGUUUCUGAGUGUCAAGUCGCAGAUUAGACACGACGAAGAGCUGAAAAGAAUCAAGGAACAGAAAAGGACUACGGCUCCUGCUCAUCAAGAUGACGAUCAAGAAGUGGAAGGUACUGGUGCAGGCUUGGAAAAGGAACACAAGGGGUACAAUGAUCUUGUUGACCAGGGAGACGAAAUGAAUGUGGAAGAGCAAUGGAAACCCUUUAUCCCUGUAACUCCUAGUCCCAUUCUGCAAGUUUUCUACACUUCUUCAGAGUCCUUCUUUUGGGCGUCUUUGGGAGGUUUUGAUGCUGGAUACCUGUACAAAUGCCAGUUGCCAACUGAAGAGGAUGCAGACAACUACGAUGCAUCAUUUAAAAGUAAGCCGGUUGAAGCUGCUGCCGUACCCAGCUCUCAUGACUGUCCAAUAUCUUCCGUAACAUUUAAUGCAUCUGGACUCCUGGCUUUCUUCGGAUUUCAAAACGGCAAUGUUCGCAUUGUGCAGCUGAAACAUCCGUUUGAUCUGAGCGACCUCAGCGCCUUCUGGAACCUUUCUGUUCAUGAUCAUCGCAAGGGCAAUAUCACUGGCUUGGCAUUGGCAUUCGAUGAGUCCUUUCUUGCAACGUCUGCCGACGAUGGAAAUAUUUUUCUCUUCAGUUUUUCUGGAAAAUUAGAGAAACUGUCACAAGAAACAUGUGUCUUGCCAAAGAUAUCAACGCACCAUAUCAUUGCCAGCCAUGACCUUCCGUCCGAGACGCCUUACUGGCAGGAACAGAAAGAAAAAGAGUAUCAGAAUGCUAAGAUGAAAAAGGAUGCAGAAGCAAAGGAGGGUAGAAGGGAACUUCUUAAAAAUCUCAAAGAACGCUUUAAAAUCCUUCUGUCAAGUAAUGCCAAGCUCCCCCCGCAUCUCCAGCUCUCUCGACAAGAAAUGCUUAUUAACCAAAACAUUUAUGAAGAGAUGGAAGGCGCUUACAGCAAAAAUAUUGAAACCAUAAAGACCAGGUCCAAAUGGUCUUCAGACAAAAUUAAACUUGCCCUGGACAAACUCUGUGGGUAUUUUAAAAGUUCGAAGGAUUCUGAUCAGGUCACGGUUAAAGGAUUUCGUAUACCUCAUGUAGUUAGAAGCUACAGAAUUGGACCUAUUUUCCCCCAAUUUAUAAAGACUGAAGAGAUGAAUCCUCAGCAGGCUAGCUGUGCGUCCUCAGAGGAGGAGAUCGUGACUGGUGAGAAGGAAAGAGAGCAACUGCUAAAGCCUUCCCAUAGUGAUGAGAUGUUUGAUACCAUGUUUAAAAACACCGAACAGAUAGAUUUCGUGGGCAAAAGGGCUGCGCUCAUGAGGCUAAACAUUAUUAAGAAAAACAGAGAAAAGAGAGCAGCCAGAAGACAGGACUAUCUCAACCUGACGAAGGAAAAACCUCCGCCCGAUUAUGAGGCUCCAGAGGAUAUUGCUGCCAUCGAAAACGCCAGAGAGACUUUGGGAUGUUGGAGACUUAGAACAGACACAAGUGCCACCUCCGACAGGUCUCUGCUCAGUGUCGAUGACAUGUUUCAGAUGAUUUCUGCACACGAGAAGAGAAUACGUGCGAGGCAGCGAGAGUUCAAUGCCAAGGUCACCAACCUGCGCCGAGAGACGAACCUUGUACUGCAGAUUCUUUGCAGUCUGGUCAAGUUCAUGGAGUCUGACCAAGCCAAGGCCCUGUGUUGAAAAUUAUGCGAGACAUGACCUCUCCCGAGCUGGAA